CGUCAAAAGCAAUUUUGACCAAUUAGGCCCAACCCAUUUGCUUUGCUCUAUAAUAGUUGAAACAUAGAGAGAACCAUUUGGCAUUUUUAAUCAUUCAACCAAAGCCAUAAGAGUCAAUCAUCAUGGCAACAUCAACAAGAGCAUUGAAGUUCUUCACUUCCAUCAUCUUCCUCUUCCUUAUCAUCAAAGGGUCCUGUGAAUGUUCCUUGAACAACAUCAACAUAGGCACAGCAAGAACUGGUAGAGUAAUAGGAGGGCAACCAGAGUGGAAUGUUACUGUGAUCAACAAUUGUUCUUGCCAACAGAGUCAGAUAAAGUUAUCAUGCAAAGGGUUUCAAAGCUCAGAAAGUAUUGACCCAUCAAUUCUUUCCAUGGAAGGUGAUAACUGUAUCCUCAUCAGUGGAAAUCCAUUGAAGAGUUUUGACACUGUUAACUUCUCCUAUGCCUGGGAUCCUCCCUUUUUCAUGUUCCCUUCAAGCUCUGUCAUAGGUCCUUGCACAUAGGGAUUUCCUUCACACAAUACUUCAACACUCAUAGCUCAAUAAGUUCCUCCUGUUUCCAAAAUUCUUCUUAUUAAAUUUCAUGUCUCCAAACAAAACCUUAGUGUUUCUGAUAUAAAACAUUUACUAAACUUGUUUCUUGCUAA